AUGUCUCUUCGGGAUCAUUUACGUCUUUAUCACGGAAGCUGGAUGCUUAAAACCGACGAGUUAAAUGAUUUAUUCUACUCUCGUCCACCGGUCACAUUCACUGUUUAUCCCGAAGAAGAGGAAGUCACUGGAAGGCCAGGCAUUUUGGAAGAAUACAUAUGGAACGUCAGAACUAAAGACCCAGAGACUGGCGAAAUGAUUCGUCUAACUGAAUAUUUCCGUGUAAAGUUUGGAUACAAGAUCAAGCACAAUGAUGAGUUUCCUAUUUUUCUUGAUGACAACACCUCAGUAUUAUACCCACCAGAAGUCCUCUACGUUCACGAUAUCGGACCACACGAGCAUGAAUUCCCAAAUCCGUUCACUGUUGUCGUCUAA